AUGAAAUUUUAUAAUAAUGAAGAAUGUGAUGAAAUUUUUUUCAAAAAAGCAAUUUCUACAACAGUUGGAAGAAUGAAAUAACUUAAGUAAUGAUUUCAUUUUAAAUAAUUUAGCAAAUAUUUAGAUCCAAAAUUUUCUGAAAGUAUCAAACCUAAAGAAUAUUUAAAAUAAAUUUAGUAAAUGUUAAAAACGAUUUUUCAUAUGGUUCAGAAUAAGUGUUAUUAGAUAAAAUGA